GUCAACAACCUCGUGGGUGCAGAGCAGAGCAGGCAACGAGCGAGCAAGACCGCAUCAGACUUCACCUUGUUUCCAUACCCCCUCCCAAACCCAACAGCAGCAGUCACAGCGACGAUGGCGAGCCAAAUUGAUACCAUGGCCAGCGAGGUCGAGCUGGAGGCAAUCACAGACCUGUUUCAGAAGCUCAUUCAGUCUUGCCAGCAGAAGUGCAUCGCGCAGAACUACAAGGACGAUCAGUUGACAAAGGGCGAGCUCGUCUGCAUCGACCGCUGUGUUGCAAAGUUCCUUGAGGUCCAUGACAUUGUCGGCAAGAAGAUGAACGACGCGAAUACGCCGCAACAAUAAAUGUAACCAAUCAACUGCAGCCACCCCCCCCCUGCUCUACCUUUCUUUUCACACUCUCGGCCCUGACCUCUUUCUCUCCGUCCCUUUCUUCAGCUUAGACACGCCAGGUUGACAGUUGCGUGGUGUUUCUGUGUCGCUCUUCUUGGGUGUCAAGCCAUCCUUGAUGUCUAUGUUCAUGUGAGCGUGUGUGUGUACUGUCUGCAGCCGUGUUGGCUCUGUUAUCAGGCUGUUCCCUUGUGCAAGCCUCCGCUAAUCCAAAUACAUUGUGUAUCCACGUGAGCGCUUGCCAACAAUGCAGCGAUAACACGAACCAACCAUUGCAAGCAACGUCAACAACAAAGAGCCAAAGAGCC